CGUCUUAACAAUUCACUGGAUAAGUAUGCAAAGUGUGUUUUCUUUCCCAGUUUUCUUGUCUCCUCCUUCCCCCUCUUUUCGCUUUUUUUUUUACUGCAUGCGUCAACCCCUUCCCUGAGAGCACACUUCCUUAACAGAAGUAUUUAUACCCCCGGUUUCAAACAUAGUUUGGUGCGCUGGUCGGUAACCCAGACCUGCGAGACGUUUCCUGGUUAGCAGCCGAUUAAGAUAGAGCUGCAGCGUGAACAAGACAGCGAAGUCGCUCCCCAGAUAACUUUGCCUUUUGACGGAGAGCGAUGGGCUGGUGUGGAGUUUUGAGAACCUGGCUGACAGUGACUGUCCCGUUGCUGGUGUGCAUGGCGUCGGAAGAUGAUUCCCCGUUUCUCCAGCGACAAGUGACCUUUGACCUUUCCCGAUUUCUAAAUGGGGGCAGUGCUCCGGAAUCUGACAUUGAGCCUUCUGAAAGUGAGCCAGAUGCCUUUGCCAGGACAGAGAGCAGCUCCACAUUGACUGGACGUCAGCGCAUACAGAUACCUACAGUGUCCUUCCCCCCAGCAAGGCCAUCUUUGGACAACCUCCCCUUUUUGUGUAGCCACGUCGAUUCCCGCCCCCGCUACACACGCCGGUCUUUCCCAAGCUCCGGAUAUGGCAGCCAGAUUCGGCAGGCGGACACAAUGAACCGCGUGGAGUCCUGGUACAGCGGCUGUUGCCAAGGGAACGAGACUCAGGAGAGCGCGUUCACUCUCUGCUGUGCCCAGCAGGCUUGGGAAAGUGCUCUUGCUACGUUCUGUGAUGAGGAGUUCUCCAUCAAGACCAACCACUAUCACUGCUGCUUGAAGCGAGGGCACUCCAGGUGGAGCUGUUUUGAGAAGGCCGCCCCCAACCCCACCUACAUACCCCAGGGCACUACGUUACAUAUACCACCACCCCAAGAGCCCGGAUUCAUCUUUAACCGUAGCAUCUGCCUGAGCAAUGAUUCCGGGAGUUUGCAGGAGAGGGACAAAAGCUAUGAAGUGCCUUACAUCCCAUUCCCACCUGGCCGGCCCAAUUCCGAGAACGUCGAUGCAAUCUGUGGCGGUCAAGCAGAGCGCCCCCUCUACCCGCUUAAAUGCCUACCGAGCGACGGCUAUGGCUGGCUUGCUCGACAAUUUAAGGUGAUCAACCAGCUGGAGACGGGGAUGCACAGGUGUUGCAAGGCAGAGAGGACGGCACUGGCCUGUGUGGAGAAAAAGUGGCAGGAUGUGAUGGACUGGUUUUGUAAGGAGGAGCAGUCUGUGGAUAAAGGCCAGGACCCCUGCUGCCAGCUCCCAGAGCAGGAGGAACGCUAUGCCUGCUUCUCUCGCCGCGCCCCCAAUCCACACUACAUGAUAUUGCAGAGGCCUCUCAGAUUCGAAGAAGGCAGACCUCUCCGGGUGUGCGACACUCACGCACUGAUCGUCAAGAAAUUUUCUGUGGCGUUUCCUAUUGACCGUAUUGUGAGUGAGUGCUGCCAUCUGCUGGGCUUUGAUAAAAUGACUUGCGUGGACAACCGGCUGGAUUCCAUGUUGGAUGACAUGUGCGCUGCAAAGGUGACGUCGCCCUCAGACCUUCAUACAGAAUGCUGCCUGCAGCCCUCAUCUCACUGGACCUCCAACUGUCUGACUAGACAACUGCUGAAAGCCAUCAGUAAAGCAAUUCAAACGCCAAUAUACCGGAGCAGGAAAUGUCCGGAUAACUGAGCCACGUUUCACUCCAAUUUCUCAUUCGGUGGGAAUAACAUUCGAAGGAUUCUGAGUUUGGGAGCGUAAGGCUUUCAGAGGGUUACAUUUACUAGCUAAGGAUGCAGUCACUGCGUCACUGAGAGACUUGUAUUUCCAUUUCCAAGAAUCUGUGUUAUUGGACUGACUUUUUUAUUUUAGUAUCAACAUUUUGUAUUUCCUUCGCUUGUAUAAAUUUUAUUAUGGAAAUGAACUUAUAUUUCCCACUAAUCAAUUUUAACUCUCCUAUAAACAGCAUGUAAAGACAUACUUGUAGUUCCACGCAUGGAAAUAAAUGGAUGUGUUUUCAUAAA